CUUCAAUCGCGGCCUGCGUAAUGUUCGUCGACUCACAUCACUUUCCUUUGUGACAACAGAACCUAUACACUUCAUCAAGCCUUGCAGGAGAUUUUCCGUAUCUGCGGACGGCGCAAACGGAGUCCGGACUCUUGGAUUGUUGUGACGAUAACAGCUCUGUCGGGCUCAUCAUCGACACAACCUACGGUUACAAGCGAGCAACCCCGACAUGAGCGCACCGCCUGCCGCGAAAGCAGGCACACCUGGGGUGCCAAAUGGAUCCGUACCGCCUAGUACUGCUGCUCCUGUGCGAAGGAAACCUGCCGUGAACAUUUUCCAGAAGAAGAAGGCGCCUGUGAGAAAACCCGGCGCCCCAGUCCGACCGUUGCAGCCUAUUCAGCGACCUACACCUUCGCUUGCCCCCGAGACCGCUGCCGCGACACCUGAGGGACCCUUUGCCGAUUACCCGAUAUUUGUCCGUAAGAAGGAGCUUGACCUACGAUACCACGUCAUGAAAUUCCAGGGCCAGAACACGGUCAAUCCUUACGACGAAUCACAAUUCUCGCGGCCCUUGCGACUCUUUCGAAGAGCAGUCGGGGACAAAGUUGACGUUCCUCCACCCGUCAACGCUCAAGAUGCUGCCAAUGAGGCAGAGCGAGAGCUUAUGGACAGUCGUCGAGCAGAGAGACAGGCGGAGCGCGAGGAGAAUCAAAAGCUUAUCGCGCCCAACCCGACGGAAGCAGUGAAACCUGUAAAAAAGAAGCAAAAGAAGUUCGUGAGCUACGACAAUGACAAUUUCCCGGAGCGACAGAGGAGGCAGCAGCUGCGUUACGAGGAGGCGCGACCAUGGCAUCUGGAGGACUACGAUCGGAAGAACAUUUGGGUCGGCAAUUACGAAGGUCCGCUUUCGAACCAGUAUGCAUUGUUCAUCGUCGAUGAAGGAGGAUUCCGUAUGAUCCCGGCCGAGAAAUACUACAAAUUCUCGCAGACAGGCAAAUUUACCCCAAUGGACGCCGACGAGGCUGCGAAACACAUGAAUCAAAAGUUCAAUAUGCCGCGAUGGGCGAAGGGCAGUAAAUUGGAGGCCGAGGCUAUGCGCGCACAGGAUCUGCAGAUGAAGCGGGCAAUGCGAGAGGCCAAGCUGAAGUCCGAGCGGGAAGACGAUGGCAUUAUUGGCGGCAUGAAUGACAAUGAUCAUGCGGAAUAUCAAGCUGACAAGGACGGCCUUGACUUGGAAUACGAUGAUAUGAACGACUUUCAGGACGACGACGAGGGCAAACUCUUCCAGGAUGGAGAGGACGAGGACGCCAAAGAAAUUGAGUCAAGGAUCCGAGAAGAAAUGCGUCAGGCUGGUUUGGGAGGCACAGGAGUGAAGAAUGAGGAACUAGAUCCCGAGGAAGAAUAUCGACGACAGCAGAUCGCGGAACAAGAGGAGCGAAAGCGGACCAAGCGAAUUCGAAAACAACUUGGACGGCGCGAAAAGAAGAAUGAGUACCUCUCCGACUCGGAGGAUCCGUAUGAUGACGAUAGCGACGACGAGAUUUCCGAAGAGGAAGGAGAGGAGGAAAAGAAGAAGCGUGAGGAGGAGGAAGCUGCAGUGAAGACGGCGUCAGCCAAUGGGGAGAAAUCCGGGUCACAGUCCAGAGGGAAUAACACCCCGACCGGCCGUUCAGAAAAGAAAGAUCCCACUCGUCUGUCCACGAAGCGACCAGGAUCUCCCGAUCUCUCCGACAUGUCCGGCAACGAGUCCAGCCGAAAGAAAGCCAAAGGUCUCAACGGCCGCCCGGCUCAGGGCAAGAAGGCCUUCCGCGUGGGCUUCGCCGACGCCGGCUCGGGUGACGACAGCGACGCCUCCCGUGCCAGCGGUAGCCGGCCCAAGAUCAAGCUCAAGGGCGCUAGCCCCGUCGGCACUCCGGAUCGAUCCCGUGCCAGCUCUCCAUCUGCUGGUGGUAGCGCAUCGGUGGCAGCCCCAGCGGGCAGCAGCAGCAGCAACAACACUCAAAAGGUCCUUCCGACGCUCGAGGAGCUCCGCGCGGCCAUCCCACGCGAGGGAAUCGAGAUUAAGAAAUUGCUUGCCAGGUUCAAGAGCCAGAUUCCACCGGGCGCUACGCCUGAGUUCAUCUUGCUUGUGAAGACGGCGGGCCAGUUGGACAAGGUGACGAAGUUGAUCAUUCCCAAGGCUGUGUCCUGAGUUGGCGAAUUCAGCGGGCGCCACUGGGAGUGAGAGCAAGGAAAGAAAUUUUAUGGGGCGCUCGCUCUGAUAACUUUCCGCCCUCGUCAUGGGACGGUGAAAAGGUUGCUUUUGUACAUUCUAUGGGCGAAGGAUAGGGAGGCAGAAAGGGAAUUUCACGGACGCUGCUACUCUCAUUGAGGCUCAUCGAGGGUCGAUGUCAUCUCGGAAUAAUCAGUAGCACAGCGAAACUAUUAUUACCGCGCAAGCGAAACCGGAUCCCCUAUUCCAUAGAACUCUGUCGGUUUGCGUCUGUCAAUGAUUCUGGUAAUUCGGGUCUCUAGCCCAUCUCCCCUCCGCGUAGUAAUCCCAAAGC